AUGGACCCGAAGAUCGAUUCGACCAUCCUCGACGGCACUAUCAGUCGCUCGAUCGAGAUCGGUCUCCGCGUGAUCGGCGUUUGGCCCGACUCGUCCUACGCCUUCCUUCGUCGCGCCUUCUGGAUGAUCACCCUGACGAUAGCCCAGACCUUUCAGUAUCGCUAUUUCGUCGUACACGUCCGUACCGAAGAUCUGUCGCAUCUCAUGGACGGUCUGAGCACCACCAUGUCCUACAGCUUGCUACUUCUGAAACUCACGAUAUUCUGGAUCAAACGACGGAUAUUCUACGACAUCCUGAUGAUUAUGGCACGCGAUCGAAGCGAGUGCGCGACCGACUGGGCCGUCUGCUCGAUGUCGAGAACGAUCUACGUCUCGCAUCGUUCCUCCAACCUGAUCAUCGGUCUCUACUCGAUGUCAGUGUUUCUCUACGGCAUCGGCGUGCUCUUCGCUCACGCCGACGAGAUCGAUGACGAGAUGAAUGUGCAGCUCGCGGUGCCAGCGCGGGAGCUGUUUCUCAAGAUGGAACUACCCUUCGAGUCCAAUGCCUCCCCCGUUUACGAGGUCGUCAUGGUCACGCAGUUUUUUCAUCAGCUCGCGGCAGCCACGAUAGUCGGCGUAUUGAACGCUCUAAUUGUCUCGUUGAUUCUUCACGUAGGUGGGCAAAUCGAUAUAAUGUGCCGAGGGUUGCUAGAAAUCUCUCCAGACGACGACGCGUUCGACUUGCGAACCACCGUCAAGGCAUUAAUACGUCGGCAUCAGAGAAUUAUCGCAUUGUCAGCCGACAUCGAAACUCUCUUCUCAUAUAUAGCUUUGAUGCAAUUUCUGUGGAACACUUUGGUCAUCUGUUGCCUCGGAUUUUUAAUUGUAACAUCGGUAGGCGACACGCAAGGCUCGACGAUGCUGAUCAAGUCUCUCUUUUUUUACGUUGUCAUCACUUUGGAAGCGUUCAUUUUUUGUUACGCCGGGGAAUAUCUCAGCGCCAAGGGUAGAAUGAUCGGCGAUGCAGCGUACGAGGCGAAAUGGUACAAUUCGAGUCCCACGCAAAGCCGUAUUUUAUUACUAUUAAUUUUGAGAUCGCAGAGAAAAUUGACUAUUACAAUCGGAAAAUUUAUGGAUCUCUCCUUAGAACGUUUCACGACAAUUAUUAAGGCAUCAGCGUCUUAUGUUUCCGUGCUGCAUGCUAUGUCUUGAAGAUAUAGCGAAUAAUAGAAGAG